AUGGCGCAGUUCAUCCUCGACCUGGUCUACUCGCUGGGAAACUGCCUGAACUGUUUCCCGGGAUCGCCGACCCUCAAGAUCAACAGCCGCAGCUUCAAGAUCAUCCGCCUGCUGGGCGAGGGCGGCUUCUCGUACGUCUACCUGGUCGAGGACGCGUCGACGCACGAGCUGUUCGCGCUCAAGAAGAUCCGGUGCCCGUUUGGCAGCGAGUCGGUGCGGCAGGCCAUGCGCGAGGUCCGCGCCUACCGGCGGUUCGCCCACGUGCCCAGCAUCAUAUCGGCGGUGGACCACGCCGUCGCCACGGAGCGCGGUGCCGGCGGCGGCGGCGGCGACGACGACGACGACUCCGCCAAGACGGUGUACGUGCUGCUGCCGUACUACCGCCGCGGCAACCUGCAGGACAUGAUCAACGCCAACCUCGUCAACCACGGCAGCUUCCCGGAGCGCCACCUCCUGAUGCUCUUCCUGGGCGUGUGCAAGGCCGUCCGGGCCAUGCACGAGUUCCGGCCGCCCCCCGCGGAGCGGAUGCACAUGGGCAGCGAGGAGGACGGGCCGGGGCCCCGAGACGACGACGACGACGGCGACGGCGACGGCGACGACGCUCAGGAGCGGCCGCUUAUGGCAUCCCGCGACAACCAGGGGGCCGUGGCCGCCGGCGGCAACAGCAGCAGCAGCAGCAGCAGCAGCAGCAGCAGCAGCAGCAGCAAGGCGCAGUCCUACGCCCACCGGGACAUCAAGCCCGGCAACAUCAUGAUCGACGACUCCGGCUCGACCCCCAUCCUCAUGGACCUCGGGUCGGUGGCCCCGUCCCCCGUCGCCGUCACGUCGCCCUCGCUCGCGCUGCAGAUCCAGGACGCCGCCGCCGAGCACUCCACCAUGCCCUACCGCGCCCCGGAGCUGUUCGACGUGCGCACCGGCUCCGUCGUCGACGCCAGAUCCGACAUCUGGUCGCUCGGCUGCACCCUCUACGCCUGCCUGGUCGGCAAGUCCCCCUUCGAGAUGCGCUCCGACGAGACCGGCGGCACCCUGAGCCUGUGCGUCCUCGGCGGCGACUGGCGCUUCCCCGACGAGACCCCCGCGGGCGCCAAGCGCAUCGUCGCCACCACCACCAUCAGCCAGGCCAAGGCUAGAGCCGCUUCCGCCGACCACUCGUCGUCAGGGCCAGCUGCAGCCGCCGCCGCCGCCAUGCCCAUCAGCGAGCCCGUCAGGCAGAUUGUCCGGCGCUGCCUCAGAGUCGAGCCCGCCGAGAGGCCCGACAUCGGCGAGCUGAUUGCCCUGGUGGAGCAGGCGCUGGAGGGCCUCCCCGGCGAGGCUUCGACCUAUUGA